AAUAAAUCGUCAGGAUGAUACGAAGAUCAUUUUAAAAGAUCAAGAAACGAUGAGAGAUCUUGAGACAUUGUUGAGACAAGCUGUGAUAAAUACCACGAGUACAACGUCGACUGAUAUAACAGCAACCAGACAAGGACCUUGUCAAUGUGCACUAGGUGUUUGUGGUUGUUGUUCGAGAAUAUUAUUUUCCACUUGGAAACAAAAGGCAUGCGUUAACGUGACUUAUGAUCCGGACGAGUUCAGUUUCACUGCUAACGUUCUGAUGAACGACAGGGUUCUAUACACCAGAACGAUUUCCGGGAAAAAUCCUAGACCAAUUUGCGUGCCCGUACCAAGGAUACCGUACAUUAGGGCCUGUGUGAGAUUUUAUAAUAUAUUCUUUCAAGGUAGAAAUAUACAUCUCUGUAUCAACAUGGAAGGAAAGUUUAGAGAUACAACGUUGUUCAAAGUUGGAUUAGAUUGCAUCCGAUUUGGUUCAAAUGGUUUAGCUCAUAUAAAGCCGGAAGAUGGGGGUGGAUUAGGCCAAGUUGAAAUUUUUCCAGACGAUGACGACACCGAUUAUAAUGAUAAUUACGAUGACGAGGAUGAUGACGACGAUGACGACGACGAUGAUGACGACAUAUUAGAUUUUUAA